AUGGCAAAAGUAGGGGACGAUUCCCAGGCCCAUAGGAGCUGUACCGCUUGUGAUCGACCGGAUUCAUUUGAUGAUAUGGUCGCGUGUGAUUCGUGCCAGAUUUGGUACCAUUAUUCAUGCGCGAAAGUGAAUGCCGAAGUCAAGAAUCGGGAGUGGUACUGUUCGACCUGCGAACCCCUGAUGAAAGGUGAAUAUGGCCAUGUUAAGGAGCAAACCAAAGACGUUCUGGCUAUCCAAUCCAAGACAGGUGAAGUAGCAUCGAAUGGGAAUUCCAAGCUGGCGGUGCCUGAAAAGGACACCAAAAGAUCUGGUAAGUCAACGGCUGGGAGUAAGACGUCCAGAAGGACGAAGAAGACGAUUGGCGAUAAAAGUGUUACAUCAAGUGUGCGUGCGCGGUUGGCGAUGGAAAUGCAGGUUUUAGAAGAACAACAGCGUAUUCAGGAAGAAGUAUUAGCAGCGGAGAAGGAGAUCAAGGAUUUGCAACUGAAGCACGAGCAAGAACUGAAGGAGAAGGAGAGGGCAUUCGAAGCCAGGAAGCUUGCUGACGAGAGGGAAUUUUUGGAGCGAAAGAUGUCUGAAGAACUGGCGUAUCGGAAGCAACAGAUGGCUAUCAAAAGACAAUCGCUGGAAGAUAAGGCCAAGCUGGUACGACAGAUAUCGCAGUGUGGCAGUAGUCGUACGAGCGAAAUGUCAAGCGUUGCGGACUCGAGGAAACGCGUAGUGGAGUGGCUGGAGAAUUCAGACCGGCAGUCGCAGGGGAUAGUUAAACCGUCCACGUCAGCCAUCGUUCCAGGUGCAAUGUGCGAGCGGGAAUCACAAGCAGCUCCAGAGGUGCGCCCACCGUCUCGUCAAAGAAACAACGAACUUCUUCCCGAUGCCGAUAUUGCACACAACAAGAUUCCGAUAAAAACGUUACAUCAACCCCAUCAUUCUGGGAUCGAACCAGGUUUAAGACAGCAGCUGGCCGAUUUGAAUCUUGAUAGAAGCGGUAUCGAUGUUCCGGUCAAAGAUUCCAGAGUUGAUGCCUCCAAUAUUCGGACGCAACGAGAAUAUCGUUCGCAAGGUCAACCCAGAAACGAUCGUGUAGAGGACGUGUUCGAAACCGAAUCCAACGCUUCAAAAUCACACGGAGGUGGUUGUCUACCAGCGGAGGAGUAUGAUGGGCCAACGAAUCGACAACUUGCAGCACGCCAGGUCAUGGGCAAAGACCUCUCGCCGUUUUCGGGCAGUCCAGAAGAGUGGCCAUUAUGGUACAGCAACUUUCAGCGUUCGACCACUACCUGUGGUUUCUCGAAUGAUGAGAAUCUCAUCAGAUUGCAGCGCUGUUUGAAGGGCGAGGCAUUAGAAACAGUACGAAGCAAGUUGCUAUGCCCUAGCAGCGUUCCCCACGUCAUCCGGACCUUGGAGAUGCGGUAUGGGCGUCCUGGAACGCUGAUACGUGUGAUGACAGGUCGCAUUCGCCAAUUGCCACCCCCCAGGGCAAACGAUCUAAACAGCAUCAUCGAAUUUGGAUUAGCAGUUGACAGCCUGGUCGAGCACUUACGGAAUGUUGGACAAGUUUCCCAUUUGAAUAAUCCGUCGUUGCUUCACGACCUAGUUACCAAGCUUCCCGUGGACUACCGUUUAAAAUGGGCCGCGUAUAAGAGCUCACUGCACGAGCCAAAUCUAACUGCAUUUGGAAAGUUUAUGUCCACGAUGGUGGAGCUGGCCUAUGAGGUAGCGGAUGAUGUUUUCUCCGAAAAAUCCAGCAAACAGACGAACCAGACGAAGCCAAAGGAACGAGCGUUUCUACAUGCCCAUUCUGAAUCACAAGCCUCAACCGAACGGACGUCGAAGAAAUGUUGCGUGGUCUGCUCCGUGGAAGGACACAGGAUUUGGGACUGCUCCACGUUCAAACAAAUGGGGAUCGAUGAAAGGUACAAAAUAGUACAGCAGAAUGGACUUUGUAGGACGUGCUUAAAUCAACACGGACGAUGGCCAUGCAAAACAUGGAAAGGAUGCGAAUUUGAAGAUUGCAGAAUGAGACAUCAUACAUUGUUGCACCCUAAUAGUGGACCGUCAAAUGUGGCCGUUUUGAAUAACCAUUUAGGAGAGCUGCAGCCGACGGCAGGACCACUCUUCAGAAUCAUGCCGGUCACUUUAUAUGGGAACGGGUGCGAAGUUCACGUGUUCGCAUUCGUUGACGAAGGUUCCCAGCUUACCCUUCUAGAAGACGUCAUCGCUAAGCAGCUGGGAAUUGAUGGUCCCACAGAACCAUUGAGUCUUCAAUGGACUGGAGACAUAAAGAGGAACGAGUCUAAAUCCCAGCGAGUUUGUAUGGAAGUUUCCGGAGCAGGAUCGAUUCGACGAUUCAAACUAACGGAUGUUCGGACUGUAGGAGGACUUUUGCUACCAUCGCAGUCAAUGUGUUAUGGGAACUUGGCUUUGAGGUACCCGUACCUAAAAGGUUUGCCGUUGCAGGAUUAUAUGAACGUCGCCCCAAAGAUCCUCAUUGGUCUUGACAAUUUGAAACUCACGGUGCCACUGAAAGUUAGAGAAGGAGGAUGGAAGGAUCCUAUCGCGGCAAAAAGCCGCCUUGGGUGGAGUAUCUAUGGAUGUUCACAGGCACCAACGUCGUCAGUAAUUUGUGGGUUUCACUUUGGAGGAUGGACCGAUCCGGAUCGAGAAUUGAGUGAGAUCGUACGUGAUUUUUUCACCCUGGAAAAUUCUGGCGUUACAAGUCCCCAAAAAGUUCUGGAGUCUGACGAAGAUAAAAGAGCUCGCAUGAUAUUAGAGAGGACUACUCGCAGAGUUCCAACUGGUUUCGAGACGGGCCUCCUAUGGAAGACCGAGAAUGUGCAGUUUCCUGACAGCCGCGGCAUGGCUUCCCGACGGCUUCGUGCAUUAGAAAGCAAGCUCAGCAAGGAUCCAACGACGUACGACAACGUUCGUCUUCAAAUACAGCAGUAUCUCGAAAAGGGAUAUGCUCAUGUCGCUUCCGAGUCAGAGUUGGCGGCUGUGCAGCCAAAUCAAACAUGGUAUUUGCCCCUGGGAGUCCAUAAAAACCCCAAAAAACCAAAAAAGAUUCGACUGACGUGGGACGGAAGAGCGUCAGUUCAAGGUGUUUCCCUAAAUUCCGCCCUUCUAAAGGGACCCGAUAUGCUGUCCUCGCUUCCAUCCAUACUCUGCCAUUUUCGGAAAUACCGCUACGCGCUGACAGCUGACAUCAAGGAGAUGUUUCAUCGCAUACGAAUUCGAAAAGAGGACCGACAAUACCAAAGGUUUCUGUGGAGAAAUGACCCUGACCACCAUCCCAAAGUAUUUGUAAUGGACGUAGCAACUUUUGGGUCUACCAGCUCUCCGUGCUCAGCCCAAUAUGUUAAAAAUGUGAAUGCUGAUGAGUUUGCUGAUGAAUAUCCGCGAGCUGCGUACGCGAUACACCAUUAUCACUACGUAGAUGACUAUCUGGAUAGUUUUGAUUCCCACGCGGAGGCUGUUUUGGUUGGCAAGCAAGUGAAGAUGAUACAUCACGAAGGCGGGUUUGAGUUGCGCAAUUUCCUAUCAAACGACUCUCAAAUAGCUGUUGAAGUUGGAGAAAAAUCCGAAGAUGCUGACAAAUCGCUAUUCCUGGACAAAUCAGAAGGUGUUGAAUCCGUUCUUGGAAUGAGAUGGACCCCUGCAAGUGACUGCUUUACAUACGACCUAACAAUGCGCAGUGACUUAGCGGUCAUCAUUCGGGAGGGGCACGUUCCUACGAAAAGAGAGGUUCUGAGGGUGGUUAUGAGCCUCUUUGACCCCCUAGGACUGAUUGCGUUCUAUCUCAUACACGGAAAGAUCCUAAUGCAGGAUAUUUGGGCUUCCGGGGCUCAUUGGGACGACAAAAUCAAUGAGCGGCUAUACGAUAGGUGGCUCCAGUGGAGCAAACUUCUGCAUCAACUUAGCUCAAUCCAGAUAGCACGCUACUACUUCCCCACAGCGGAGGCGGAGGUGUACCGGUCACUUCAGGUGCACGUAUUCGUCGAUGCUAGUGAGUCAGCCUAUUCUAGCGUAGCGUACUUCCGAGUGGAAUCUCGUCGCGGUCCCUUAGUAGCACUUGUCGGUGCAAAAUCCAAGGUGGCACCACUGAAAAUGUUAACGAUCCCGCGCUUGGAGCUCCAAGCUGCCGUAUUAGGAACUCGCCUGUUGACCAGUGUAAUUUCUAUGCACGGUCUUCCUGUAGUACAACGAUUCCUGUGGACUGAUUCGGCGACGGUACUAGCUUGGCUUCACUCUGAACAACGUCGCUAUCAUCAGUAUGUGGGGUUCCGGAUUGGAGAAAUACUUUCGAGCACGGAAGUUGGAGAGUGGAGAUGGAUUCCAUCGAAACUGAAUGUGGCGGAUGUUGCCACUAAAUGGGGCUCCGGACCACAAAUUGAUCCGGCCAACCCAUGGUUCGUCGGACCGGAGUUCCUUCAACAGCCAGAAGAAAACUGGCCCCAAAGAAGUAAACCUAUUCUGACUACAGAAGAAGAACUCCGUUCGUGCCAUGUGCAUCUUCCUGCAGCGAAUGAACUCGUGGACGUCGAUCGUUUCAGCAGAUGGGAACGACUUCUUCGAUCUACGGCAUACGUUCACCGAUUCGUUAAGAACAUUCAACGGUCUCAACGAGGCGAGACCUUGGAGCGUGGUGCAUUGAAACAAUGGGAGUUGAAGACCGCGGAAGAAUUUUUAUGGAAACAGGCGCAACGAGGGUUCUACGGUACAGAAAUUCAAUUGCUGCAGAAGACCAGUGGAAGACCAGAGGAUUUCCAUGUAGGCGUUCCUAAAUCAAGCAGCAUACAUAAACUGUGGCCGUUCAUGGACCAGAACGGAAUAUUACGUAAACGAAGUCGUCUUGGUGCAGCUUCUUGGAUACCGGAUGAAGCUAAGUACCCUACCAUUCUACCUCGGGAUCAUCGAAUCAGUCUCCUCAUUACGGAUUGGUUUCACCGCUGCUUCCGACAUGCCAACCGUGAGACUAUUGUUAAUGAAAUGAGACAAAAAUUUGAGAUUCCGAAGCUACGUUCGCUUAUCGCAAAAGUGUCCCGUGGAUGUAUGGAGUGUCGUAUCCGCAGUGCCGUUCCUCGUUCCCCACCAAUGGCACCCUUGCCUGAAGCACGGGUAACACCCUUUGUACGCCCUUUUACCUUCGUGGGCAUAGACUACUUCGGGCCAGUAUUGGUGAGAGUAGGACGAAACAAUUGCAAGCGGUGGAUAGCACUAUUCACCUGCUUAACCAUCCGAGCCGUGCACUUGGAAGUGGUGCAUAACUUGACAACUGAAUCGUGCGUAAUGGCAAUUCGUCGGUUUGUCUCUAGAAGGGGUUCUCCGGCGGAGAUAUAUUCGGAUAACGGGACGAAUUUUCACGGAGCCGACAAUCAACUUAAGCGCGAGAUAGAGGAGCGAAAUCAUCAUAUGGCGACCGUAUUCACCAAUUCCAAAACACGUUGGAUGUUCAACCCUCCCGGGGCCCCACAUAUGGGAGGAGUGUGGGAACGGAUGGUCCGUUCCGUUAAGGUUGCGGUCGGAACUAUUCUUGAGAUUCAACGUCGGCCAGAUGACGAAGUUCUAGAAACGGUGAUAAUCGAGACAGAAGCCAUGAUCAACUGCCGUCCGCUGACAUACAUUCCGCUUGAGUCUGCUGAACAAGAGGCUUUAACCCCUAAUCACUUUCUGCUCGGCAGUUCAAGCGGGGUAAAGCAGUUGCCAGUCGAAUCUGUGAACUUCCGUUCGACAUUGAGGAGUGGAUGGAAGCUGGCCCAGCAUUUGGCGGACGGUAUAUGGAGACGAUGGUUGAAGGAGUAUCUUCCGGUCAUAUCCCGGCGCUCAAAAUGGUUCGACGAGGUGAGGGAUCUAAAAGUUGGAGAUUUGGUUCUAGUCGUGGACGAAACCAUAAGGAGUCAGUGGCUGCGAGGAAAGGUGGAACGUGUAGUCUGCGGCAGAGACGGACGUGUACGUCAAGCGUGGGUGCAGACUGUUAAAGGAGUAUUAGUCUGCGGCAGAGACGGACGUGUACGUCAAGCGUGGGUGCAGACUGUUAAAGGAGUAUUUCGUAGGCCGGUGGUAAAACUUGCGCUACUCGACGUCAUUGAGGAACGUAAAUCUGACCAGGAGAGCGCUUUACGGGCGGGGGGAUGUGACGACGAGUACCCCCCGGCGAAUACAUGUGACAAAGCACCACAGGGGUCGCAUGGAACGUACUGUGCGAGGGAUGCUUCAACUUUGACAGUGACUGCAGAUGUGAUGGUAGACGUCAGGGAUGAUGAUAAGCAGGAUUAA